AUGCCGGUAUUUCAGGCCAAGACGUUUCGACGCGCAACAACAGCAUCGUCUACUCUCGGAGAACGAAUCGGCGCGGCCUACCGGGCUCAUCUAACUAAACGCCCAUUCCUACUCUUCGGCCUUCCUUUCAUUAUGAUAAUAGUUUCCGGGUCUUUUGCUUUAACGCCCGCUGCCGCUCUGAGGUACGAGCGGUACGAUCGCAAAGUUAAACAAUUGAGUCAAGAGGAAGCGAUCAAUCUAGGCCUCAAAGGGCCCGAUGGCGAUGAGGGCAUCAAGCGAAAUCCACGGCGACGAGUUAUUGGUGACGAAAGAGAGGAAUACUAUCGGCUUAUGGCCAAAGAUCUUGAUGAUUGGGAGCAGAAAAGAGUACAACGCUUCAAAGGCGAGCCUGAUGGAAAACUCUGA